AUUUACGUCGGAAGUUCUCGAGAAGCUUUCGAGCUUUGAAGAGUAUAUGCGGAAAGCUGAGACCGUUCAAGAAAAAUGAGGACUACUUCAAGCAUCGAAUCCUCAUAGUGGCAAGGUGUCCAGCAAACUCGAUCGACGAAAAAUUGAAAAUGGGAACCAAAACGAUACUGAUUUGUCGUCGGCACGCGGUACUUCGACAUCCGCCUUCCAGUUCAUCGAGCACAAAUUCCAAUCACGAUUACUACGAAUUUUAAAAAUAUAAUCGAGGGAUGAAUAAACCACGGGACAACAAUGAAACAGGGAUAUCGAAACGAUGGCAGUCGUCUCAAACGGAGGCUACAUUAUUAAAUCAGAAUACUCGUCAGUCUGGUACCAUUCAUGAAUACGAAGGUGAUCGAUUAGGAACAGAAGUAAAGAAAUCUUGCGACAAAUCAUGCACGAAGAAGGUCAAAUCCCCCACUAGGAGUGGCUGCUCACGAUAUUGCACUGGGAUAAAACAAGACGUGGAUGAAAGUUUUGAGACGGUGUGUACCUCGAGGAAGAGGAAUAAAUUGGGGUACAGGAUGAAGAGGAGCAAAAAGAAGUUGCAGGAAAUUUCUGACCAUGUGAAGAAGAGGACCAAACUGUCAAUGAAAAGGAUAAAAAAAAUGUACGAGAACCUGAACGUGAGAAGAGCAGCAGGAUUCACCUGCGAUCUCAAAAAAUGCGAGAGUACGUUGUUCGAUUGCAGCACGAACGAAUGCGCAAAACCCAACAUGCUGUUCAACACGGUUCACAAGCUGAGAGACAAGUUCACUAGGGACAAGGAGGACAUACGUCACACGGUCUGCCAUUCGAAAUCGUCUCGUGUGGGUACAAAAAACGAUCUGAAGGUGUUGAAAGAACAAUCAACGGAGACGAACGUGGAAGAAGAAACGAGCAUGUAA